AUGGGCGCAAAAACCGAAAAGAAAGCUGCAGAAAAGAAGUCUGCUGGAAAGGCAGCACCAGCGCUCUCUCCCUCAGCUGCAUUUGAAAAGCAUGGAUAUGAGUUUUUUGGACCCCCGGGGACGUUUAUCCUAAUCACCGUCCUUCCGAUUCUCAUCUACAUAUUCCCCUUCGUCUGCAACGAUAUCUCCGGGUGCCCAGCACCAUCCCUCCUCAGCCCUUCUACCCUUGUGCUGGGCACCUUAAAACGAGAAGUUGGAUGGCCUGAGGAUGGCCUGAAGGGCCUGUACGAUACCCAGACCACCCUCUAUGUCCUUGGUUACUACCUGCUCCUUCUGGUUCUCCAAAUUGUGCUGCCAGGGAGAGAGGUCGACGGAGUAGUACUGGCAUCUGGAGGAAGACACAAAUAUAAGUUCAACACCCUUCUUUCCACAAUUUUGAUCCUGGGAGGAUGCGGUGCAGGAAGUUAUGUAUACGGGGCCGAUUUCCCCGUAUGGACUUUCAUUUGGGACAACUACAUUCAAAUCAUCACCGCAAACAUCAUUAUCUCCGUGGCAUUCUCGCUUUUCGUCUACCUUCGAAGCUUCACAGUUCCCGCUCCGGGACAGCCCAACCCAACACACCGCGAACUUGCACCUGGAGGCUGCAGUGGCAAUCCAAUUUACGAUUUCUUCAUGGGCCGUGAACUCAACCCGCGAAUCACCCUUCCCAUCCCCUUCGUGAGCGAAGCGUCAAGAAUAUUUGACAUCAAAGUUUUCUGUGAGAUGCGACCUGGUCUUUUGGGGUGGAUCAUUUUGAAUCUAGCCAACAUCGCACAUCAGUACAAGGUCAACUCUGGUGAGAUUACGAUAUCGAUACUACUCGUUACUUUCUUCCAGGCUUUCUAUGUGAUUGACAGCUUCUUCAUGGAACCUGCUAUCCUCACAACCAUGGACGUGAUCAUGGAUGGGUUCGGAUUCAUGUUGUCAUUUGGCGAUUUGGUCUGGGUGCCAUUCAUUUUCUCGAUACAAACAAGAUACCUCGCCGUGUACCCUCUGCAUGUUGGCCCACAGGGCAUUGCAAUGGUGUUGGGAGUUCAAGCGGUCGGAUAUUAUGUCUUCCGCAGCACGAACAACCAGAAGAACAGAUUCCGCACGAACCCUAAUGACCCUCGAGUCAAGCACCUGAAGUAUAUUGAAACUGCAGCUGGUUCCCGCCUGCUGAUAUCCGGCUGGUGGGGUUGUGCUCGUCAUAUCAACUACCUAGGCGAUUGGGUGAUGUCAUGGGCAUACUGCCUUCCCACUGGUGUUGCGGGUUAUCUCAUGCUCGACCACGUGGAUCCAGUUACAGGGGCUGUGGAAAAACGCGCAGUCCAGACCCCCGAGGUUCGUGGCUGGGGUAUUCCAGUAACGUACUUCUUCAUGGUGUAUUUCACUAUUCUUCUCCUCCACCGGGAAAGAAGAGACGAGGCGAAGUGCAGAAGGAAGUAUGGCAAGGAUUGGGAUAGGUAUACUUCCAUUGUGAAAAGUAGGAUUGUACCAGGGAUCUAUUAA